AGACAUGCCUGCUAGGCUACUGUAUAUACAACAUCUGCUAUCCACACAUUAGUUACAGUCAUUUUCUUCCCCGAGGAUCCGUAACCUGUCUGCGUUUUCUCUUUUGUUACUUUAUGUCACACUUAAACACACACAAGCUCAGCCUCCUUGUGUUGCUCCUAUUGUUAGAGACACUUAAAAGGACCGGUGUAAAUAGUGUUAAUGUAAUGUAAAUGCAGGUUGUAGAAUAGGGCAUUUCAAGGGCUGCUAUUAUGAGCGGACUAGUAGAUUAGUUAUGGUUGACAACAUGCUACUCUCAGCUAAGCUCACUGUGGUAACAGUCAUUUUACACUUGAUUAUGUCAAGUGUAAUUGACUUGCACUUACACACAAAGACAUAUAGACCAGUUGGUCUGCUAUCUGCAGCUCCACUGCAUGUUUGUCCCAGUCCUGGUUUAUGUCCCAGUGCAGCAGCAUCAUGAAAAACCUCAUGUCACUAAUCUCACAAGAAGCACUGUCUACAGCCCACAUUCAACUGCCAACUAUGGCUGGAUUUAUAUAACAAUAACUUGCAGUGGAGAUGAUGCAAAUACCAGGACUAAUGAUCAAAGCUGCUGAUUUACAUCCUUUAAAGGUUUCUAGUUUCAUGCUAAAUCAUUUAAAAAAUGCAAGGAUCCAGCUGUAUCCUUAAAUGUAUCUUAUCUGAGUGGAAUUUAAACCAUAGUGGGAAAACUAAGGCUUUACUCCUAUAUUUAUUUGUGAAUGGAAUAUUUAUAAAGUAGAAUAACAUUUUACAAUACAAAUAUUGACAAACUAAUGAUCAAAUAUAAUACAUUUUUACUUACAUACAACUAAACUUAAACACAAUUAAAUAAGUGAUUAAAAAAAUGUAAUUAAUGUCUAUGACUUCCAUCUUUACAGGAAGUUUAGGUUUAGGCAACAAAAGCACUUAGUUAGGUUUAUAAAAGAUCACGAUUGACGUUAACUUGACUGACAAACGACUCCCAUGAAAGUUACAUAUAAGUCAUUCAAACGGACUAGCGAGUCACGUGACUAACAACUGACAAUGUUUAAUUCAGCUGAUAUCAGUGACAGCUACUUUCUGACGAAACAAGCUUUUACAUUUCAGGUGUUUUUUUGUUUUUGUUAGAUUGAGUUUUCUUUUUUAUACAUAAGCUUGUUAAAAUUGCAACGUUUUACAUUCCUGAAUUGCCCUUUGAUCUCCAUCAAAUCAUGCAUGUAGGUGUGUGUGCGUGUGUGUGUAUAUGUGUUUAAUUUUGUGUCCACGCCUGGCCUCUGUGUCUCGUCCUCUCUCACUUUGAAUGAAAGCACAAUGAAAUGUGGCUAUAUAUCAUUUACACUCCACAGUUUAAUAUGGUGAUAAAUAAUGAAGUGGCAGGCAUAAAAAUGUACCCGUGCACACACACAUACACACACACACGCACACACACACACACAAACACAAAGUUUGUUCUUACAAAUUUAAAAUGAAAGCACAAAAUCAUGAAGUUUAUGUCAAAAGCCACUGGGAGGGAAAGACAUAAUGUGAUGCACAUUGCAAGAGAUUUGCUAUCCCAAUAUAAAACCUUAUAAAGUAACAUUAAAGUGUAUGGAAGUGAAAGUGUUUUUGCUCUUCUUCCGAAUGGAUUUGGCAAGAGUAUGAUUGACAGAUGGGUCAUCUGAUCACCUGCCAAGUAUUUAUUUUUUUAAAGUACCCUCCCUUUUCCAUGCAGUUUCCAAUUACUUGCUUCUCAGGUGGUUCAGUGUAACAAACCAUCUGUCGGGUCACAUUACUACUUUUCACCUGUUGAUAAAAAUACAGCAAGAUAAGGAAUUAUUAAAAACCUGGAAUGGCCCAUCCCUACCAUCCAUCCAUCCCUCCUGAUUUACACCAGGGACAUCAGGGAGAUGACAUGAACUAGCAGAUAAGAAGCAGCAGUGCUGUGAGUCCACUCAGGUAUUUUACUCAUUCACAGCGCUCCACUUAAAGUAAAAAACUAAUACUAAUGGGUUUUCUCUGACCUUUAACUGCUGAUGAUCACAUCAAGUAGAUACUUGUUAACCUCCCAAAGUUUCAUGUCAGAUUGAUAAAUUGAUAGAAUAAAAAAUGUGUUUUUAAGUAGCUAGCAAAGGCAAAACAGAAUAGUAUAGUAGUAUAUGUAAGAAGAGCAGUCAGGGAUAUUGCACUUAUUCUUUUUUUUCAUUCAUGUGGAUGUUGAACAUGUCCGUAAACUAAUGAUUUAAUGUUGCCUGAUUUGACAUGAUGAACAUCGAUAUAAAGAACAGAUCUGAUGACAUUGCCUCAUCAUGUCAUUCCUGAUCCUGUGAAAUACAGCAUCUCCUCUUGUUGUUUGCCUGUGUGACUGAAUACAUCUCAUGCUUUUCAUUAAAUGCUUAACAAUAUGUUUGUGCUUUAACUGCUGCUGUAGAACUCACACACGAAACACAGUAAUGCUCAGUCUUUGUCUAUUUAUUCAGUCUCCUAAACUCCUGUCUUUUUCUUCUAUCUCUCUCCUCCCCUCUUGCCUGGAGGCAGGUAUUAAUUGAAGGACCCUUGUUAUAAUAGGUUAUAAUUGUUAAUCACACAGCCUAUUUAGAGAGCAGUCUGAUUGUAAUUACAGAUGCUCGUUAGCCAGGGUUCUGUUAUUAAUUAGACAUUUUGACCUUGGUAAUUACUGCAGCCAUACAUGCACAGUGUGCCAGCAAUUUUCUUCGUGGAAAUUUUUCCGUGGGAACGACAGCCUUUUCGCAAAUGAAAAAGGAACAGUUUGGCUAUCAUGUGGGCAGCAGUGUAAAUGUCAGCUUUAUAUAGACCAUUGUCACCUGGUUGGCUUGUUUGGGUGAUAUCACAUAAGUGUUUUGAGAGUUUCUUGUUUUGGUAAAACCAGAAAGCAUCUUCUCGUUGAGAAUUAAGGCCUCCAACUCUUACAAACUUCCCUGUUAAAGCAAUCAAAACGAAUCUCAAGCAUUUCAGAGUUCCCUGAUAAAUACUGGCAACAUUGUUGUUGUAUUUCACUGUUCAGGAGAAUUAAUAGUGGAUGAAUUAUAGUUUAUAAAUUAGUUCUGGACCGGUUGCAGAAGGUGGUUGUGCUUGAGUUAAGAGAUGAGACAAAAAGAUGCAUGUCACAGGCUUCAUUAAUCAAGUUAAUGAGCAUAAUAAAGCUUUCUCACCUCACUGUGCAAACAGUAUGAGAACGCAUUGUGACUGACUUAUGAGAGUCACAGCCAUUGUGGUCUACACAAAGACAAAACAUUGGUUUAAAUGGAGUGUCAUGGUGUGUCAUAGUGGCUUAUACCAUGUCACUGCAGUGGCCUGCGAUAUGUCUGCCUCACUUUACCCUGUUUUCCAUCUGUGUCACCUGCUUAAAGUGUUAUUAGCCCUCUAAGUGGCUGUUAUCAGUUGUCAUCGGGAGCAUAGAUUUGAGGUGGUAUGGCCCCACUCUAUCUCCUAAUUUGCUCAGUAGGCCAUUAUCAUCUAUUUGUAUGUUGGAUCACCACAGGAAGGUCCAAAAUUGUUAGGCUGCAACCUCUAGUGCCCAUAUUUAUGAUUGAAGUAAAGGGGGAAGCCAGGUGACGUAGCAUAAAAAGUGACAAAGUCAGCGUAUGAAGGAGGUCAGGGUAGUGGUUGGGUCAAACAAACUCAUGACUGUCACUCAAGAGACCGCUCUUCGUGUCCUGUGUGAUAUGUUGACUUAUUUCAACUUUUUUAAUUUAAGAGACACAAGAACAAAAAAUCCAGACAUCCAACCCGAUGUCACUUGACACUUGACAAAUACCAACGCUUGGUCAGUGCCCUUUUGGCAUCUAAUACUGACGCACCACACUUUCAACUAGCACCAAUGUAACCACACUUGCUUCAAUAUUAGUCUGUUCGAGCAACUGACGUAAUCACAUGAUUCACUAGUCAUGUGAUGCGUUUGUCACUUGCUAAUCACGUGAGUCGUUAGUCAAGUUAAAGUCAAACUUGCUCUUUUCCUAAAUCAAACUAAGUGGUUUUAUUGCCUUAACCAAACUUUGUGUGAAGAUGGAAGUUUAUUUCUAAAAGACACUAUGCAUGUAACAAGAGGAAAUUUACCCUUCGUCCCUGACAUGUCCAAAACUGAUGCUAGAGGGGGACCUAGAGCAACACAGUUUGAAGCUUAAGGCCCCUGACCAAGGGUCGGUAUCUGAAGAGUUAGGAGUGAGAAUUUGUUGGUAAGUAAACCUAAACAGCUGAUCUGCUGACAAAAUAGCGCAAAAUGUGUGUUGAUUAGAUCUUUUUUUAUUGAAGAAUAGCAACACUAAUGAAGCCCCGCUAACACACAGCAUUUCCUAUAAAUUCUUCACAAUAAAAGUCAUCCUGUUGGUUCCCUGGUGAAAAGCUCUUAAUGUGAAGCGGCAGCAACGAUAAAUGUUUGGUUUGCAUUAACGCUAGAAUUACACAACUCAACAGUGAAAUACGGCUGAUGUAUGAAAGUACAAACAGGAACAUUGACAGGAUUGAAAUUAAACUCCAAACCACAGGGAUUCAGGUCGAAGCAACAGAAGUCCUGAGAGCUGAACACAGAGACUUUAAAGAACAGAGCUUUCUCUCUUGUCUCCAGAAAACCCACAUAAACCAAACUAACAGCCUCAAACUCAGAAAAGAUCUGAGAACAGAUUAUACUAAUGAAAAGCAAGGAUAGUCUGGUCAUCAGUUACAUUGCUAUGAAAAGUCUGUGCUCACCAACAUGGCUUAGAGACACUUACAUAAGUUAAUUUAAAAUGCCAUUAUCCUUCAAGACACUUAAUAACCAUCCAUGUGCACUUGAAAGAAGUGCAGUUUUUGGAAAUGUAUGCUCCUGGAAAUGCUCCCAAAAGUAUAUCAAUGUGGUAAACAUGGUAUGGAGUGUAGUCAGUGCCAGCCUGCCCUAGACCCUGAAUACGCAACUACAUAGGGCCCCACACAUCUUUUUUUUUAAUAAAGAAAGUUACUAGGAGACAUAAAACCAAGCUGCAGGUGGAUUCAGGAUCGAUAUUCCAUUGGGAGUAGCUGCGCCGCGUUCUGGCGGCCGGAGCUACUCUAGACAGCGUGUGAUUCCACCAGACGAGCCGCGGCACGUUUCCGAAGUGGCUCUCAGCUCUGCGCCGCAGUGUGUUGGGGCAAUGUAAUUGACAGGCACUGUGUAUGAAAUACAGACAUGAAAUAAUAAUGCGGAGGAAUGUAUUUUUAAAAACUUAAACGCAGCCACAUAUGUUUGAUCCACGUUGUUCAUAACUGGGAUUUUAAUGGUGUUAACUUUGUCUGUACAACACAGUAACAACAAUAAAAACAUGCUGUCCAUAGUGAAGUUUGAUGUAACGUUUCAGUGUACAUAGUAGACUGCUUUGCAUGAAACAUGAAAUCUAUCUCCAGUUAUUGAUUGUAAUUAAAUAUAGUUGGCAAAAGAAAAACUUAAGUUUCUAUUAGGUUUUACAGCAAUCUAUUCAAAACGCUGUUCAAGCACAGCUCACAUUCAAUAAUUAAUGACAAUCUUUUUUAUUUCAGCAAGAAAAAUGAAUGAAUGUUUUUUUCUGCUUUAUUUUUUAUUUGAUCGCAAUAAUCUUGAAAGACACGAUAAUGGAAACCCACCCCAUCAUUUGCAAUAAAAUAGUUCAGUACUUUUAAUCUUUGCUUGUUUGUGUGUGUCUCCAAGGGCGUGUGUCUCCUGUUUGUUGAAGGGAUAACCUUAUAGAACUGGUGGAUAGAGUAGUAAUCAUACUUCACACAGUUACCUGACGUUGUUCCCGGGGGCAACAAUGUAUGUAAACUGUGUGAUAACUGUGUGCUGCAGAUCAUCGUCAGUGCAUAUAAACAAAGCCAAUGUUCCCUGCUAAUGUACCAAAACUAAUCUCUCUCCCUCUCUUUCUUCUUCCGCUCUCCAGGCAUUUCCUCUUUAAGACAGGUACAGGCACCACCCCCCUCUUCUCCACGGCAACUCCUGGCUACACCAUGGCAACCGGUUCAGUGUACUCCCCGCCCACCAGGCCGCUGCCGAGGAACACCCUGUCCCGCUCUGCAUUCAAGUUCAAAAAAUCCUCCAAAUACUGCUCAUGGAGGUGUACAGCCCUCAGUGCAGUAGGACUAUCUGUACUGCUCUCUGUCCUGCUCUGUUAUUGCAUAGCGAUGCACCUGUUUGGUCUAAACUGGCAGCUUCAGGAGAGUGAGGGAUAUGGAGCGUUUGAAAACGGAGGAGGGGGACGAGAUACAACUCCCAACACCUUUAUGGUGUCUACAGACAAUGGUAAAACGUUUCUUCUGGAGAACAGUACCAUAGACACAGGAGAGGUGGACGUGGGUAGACGAGCCAUACAAGAUGUCCCACCAGGUGUGUUUUGGAGGUCUCAGCUAUAUAUUGACCAACCGCAGUUUUUGAAAUUCAACAUCUCCGUCCAGAGAGACGCUCUUGUUGGAGUGUAUGGACGCAAAGGCCUGCCGCCCUCACACACACAGUACGACUUUGUGGAGCUACUGGACGGUAGUCGCCUCAUUUCCAAAGACAAACGAGCGCUCAGUGACACGGACGCAGGACAUGCACACCCAGCUGGUGCACAUGAGGAGGAGUCUGGAAGAGGAGCCCGUCGCACACGCUCAGUGAACGUGCACGAGGCUGGCUUCAUCCAGUACCUGGACACAGGAAUCUGGCAUCUGGCAUUUUACAACGACGGACGCAACUCAGAACAAGUCUCUUACAAUACCAUUGUCAUAGAGUCGAUUAUGGAGUGUCCUCAGAAUUGUCAUGGAAACGGAGAUUGUCUCUCAGGAAUAUGCCACUGUUUCCCAGGAUUUCUGGGGCCUGACUGCUCUCGAGCUGCCUGCCCAGUGCUGUGCAGUGGCAAUGGCCAGUACUCCCGUGGCCGCUGCCAGUGCUACAGCGGGUGGAAAGGCACUGAGUGUGACGUGCCAACCAACCAGUGCAUCGACAUCCACUGUGGAGGACACGGCAUCUGCAUAAUGGGUGCCUGCAUCUGCAAUACUGGUUAUAAGGGCGACAAUUGUGAAGAAGUGGACUGCAUAGACCCCAGUUGUUCAGCCCAUGGGGUGUGUAUUCAUGGGGAGUGUCACUGUCAGCCCGGCUGGGGCGGAGCCAGCUGUGAGAUCACAAAGGCCAUGUGUCCGGACCAGUGUUCGGGUCACGGCACCCACAACGCAGAGACCAGCACCUGUACCUGCGACCAGAACUGGACCGGGCCCGAAUGCUCUUUAGAGGUGUGUGAGGUGAACUGCGGCAGCCAUGGCGUCUGUUACGGCGGUGUGUGUCGAUGUGAGGAGGGCUGGACAGGAACGGUGUGUGACCAGAAGGCCUGCCACCCUCUGUGCAGCAAGAACGGAGUGUGUAAGGAAGGGAAGUGUGAGUGUGACCAGGGAUGGACAGGGGAGCACUGCAAUAUUGAGGGUUGUCCAGGUCUCUGCAACAACAAUGGACGGUGCACUCUGGAGGCCAGCGGCUGGCACUGCAUAUGCCAAUCAGGAUGGAGAGGGGCGGGAUGUCACGUGGCCAUGGAAACACUCUGUACCGACAGCAAGGACAACGAAGGAGAUGGCUUGACUGACUGUAUGGACCCAGACUGCUGUUUGCAGCCCUCCUGUCAGAACCAGUUAUACUGCAAAGGGUCACCGGACCCGGGGGAGGUGCUCAGCCAGUCUCCGUCCCCAUUGGCUCCUCAGCAAGCUGCCAGGUCUUUCUACCAGCGCAUCCAUUUCUUAGUUGGUCCUGAAUCCACUCACAUCAUCACUGGAGACAGCCCGUUCAAUAAAAGCUUGGUGUCGAUAAUUCGAGGUCAGGUGUUGACAGCUGACGGAACUCCUCUGAUUGGAGUCAAUGUGACGUUUGUCCACUAUGCUGAACAUGGAUACACUGUAACACGCAAGGAUGGCAUGUUCGAUCUCCUGGCCAAUGGUGGGGCAUCCCUAACACUGAGUUUUGAGCGUGCUCCCUUCCUCACGCAGUACAGAACCGUGUGGGUGCCAUGGAAUGUCUUCUAUGUGAUGGACACACUGGUCAUGAAGAAGGAGGAGAAUGACAUUCCUAGCUGUGACCUGAGUGGCUUUAUCAGACCCAGUCCUGUCAUCGUUGCAUCUCCUCUUUCUACGUUUUACAGAAGUUCAACUGAGGAUGGCCCCAUCAUACCUGAAACACAGGUUUUACAGGAAGAAACCUCAAUACCAGGCAGCGAUCUAAACCUAAUCUACCUGAGCUCCAGAGCAGCGGGGUAUAAACCGAUCCUCAAAGUCACCAUGACGCAGUCAUCAAUACCUUUCAACCUGAUGAAGGUUCACCUGAUGGUGGCAGUGGUGGGACGCCUUUUCCAGAAGUGGUUCCCCGCCCAACCAAAUCUCUCCUACACCUUCAUCUGGGACAAGACGGAUGCCUAUGGCCAACGCGUCUAUGGACUGUCCGAGGCAGUUGUGUCGGUAGGGUUUGAAUACGAGUCCUGCCUGGACCUCAUCCUCUGGGAAAAGAGAACGGCCAUUUUGCAAGGCUACGAGCUGGAUGCAUCGAACAUGGGAGGAUGGACGCUGGACAAACAUCACAUCCUGGACGUACAAAACGGUAUACUGUACAAAGGCAAUGGUGAGAACAUAUUCAUAUCCCAGCAGCCCCCGGUCAUCAGCAGCAUCAUGGGAAAUGGACGUCGCCGCAGCAUCUCCUGCCCCAGCUGUAACGGACAGGCAGAGGGCAAUAAGCUGCUUGCGCCCCUGGCUCUGGCCUGCGGAGCAGAUGGCAGCAUCUUCGUUGGAGACUUCAACUACAUCAGGAGGAUCUUCCCCUCAGGGAAUGUUACCAGUGUCAUGGAGCUGAGAAACAAAGAUUUCAGACAUAGCAACAACCCUGCUCACCGCUACUAUUUAGCCACCGACCCAGUAACAGGGCAGCUAUAUGUGUCCGACACCAACUCUCGACGGAUCUACCGACCCAAGAUGCUCAGCGGCGCCCGUGACCUCAUCAGUAAUGGAGAAGUAGUGGCUGGUACAGGGGAACAAUGCCCUCCAUUUGAUGAAGCACGAUGUGGAGAUGGAAGAAAAGCUACAGAGGCACAACUACUGGGACCAAAAGGCGUCGCAGUUGAUAGAAACGGUUUGAUUUACUUUGUGGAUGGGACUAUGAUCAGGAAAGUGGAUCGUAAUGGAAUCAUCUCCACAGUGCUGGGCAGCAACGACCUGACCUCUGCACGACCUUUGACCUGUGACACCAGCAUGCACAUAAGACAGGUUCGGUUAGAAUGGCCCACAGAUCUAGCCAUCAAUCCCAUGGAUAACUCCAUCUACGUCCUGGACAACAACGUUGUGUUGCAGAUCACUGAAAAUAGACAGGUUCGUAUCGUGGCAGGUCGUCCAAUGCACUGCCAGGUACCUGGUAUAGAAUAUACUAUGGGGAAGAGAGCGGUCCAGACCAUGCUAGAGGGAGCUACAGCCAUCGCUUUGUCCUACAGCGGUGUCCUCUACAUCGCAGAGACAGACGAAAAGAAAAUCCACCAGAUCCGACAGGUGUCGACUGAUGGAGAAAUUACCCAUCUAGCUGGAGAGCCAUCUGACUGUGACUGCAAGAACGAUGCCAACUGUGACUGCUAUCAAACAGGAGAGGGCUAUGCUAAAGACGCAAGGCUUAAUUCUCCUUCGUCUUUGGUGGUGUCUCCGGAUGGGACGCUGUACAUGGCUGAUCUGGGAAACAUCCGAAUUCGAGCUAUACGAUGCAACCAGCCACCUACUGGCUCUCUGGCUUCAGGUCCUAGCUCCUAUGAAGUGGCCUCUCCAGCCUCCCAAGAGCUCUAUGUGUUUGAUGGGAAUGGGACUCACCAGUUCACCAUGUCUCUGGUCACUGGGGACUAUAAAUACAACUUCAGCUACAGCAAUGAGGAGGAUGUAACCGCGGUGACAGACAGCAGCGGGAAUACCCUCCGUAUCCGUAGAGAUACCAACAGGAUGCCUGUGCGUGUGGUUGCCCCUGACAACCAGGUCAUCUGGCUGACCAUCGGGACUAACGGUGGUCUGAAGACUCUCACGGCUCAGGGUCAGGAACUGGUCUUGUUUAGUUACCAUGGCAACAGUGGCUUGCUCGCUACCAAAAGCCUCCAGAUAGGCUGGACUACCUUCUAUGACUAUGACAGUGAGGGUCGUCUGACUAAUGUGACCUUCCCCACCGGCGUGGUGACCAAUCUCCACGGCGACAUGUCGUCAGGGGCUGUUGCUGUGGACAUUGAGACGUCAGGGAGGGAUGAGGACGUUUCCAUCACAACCAACCUGUCAUCAAUAGACUCCUUCUACACGCUGGUGCAGGACCAGCUUCGUAACAGCUACCAUGUGGGUAAUGACCAUUCGCUGCGGGUCAUCUAUGCCAAUGGGAUGGACACACACUACCAGACAGAGCCCCAUAUACUGGCAGGUGCUGCUAACCCAACUGUAGCCCGACGCAACAUGACACUGCCGGGAGAGAAUGGCCAGAACCUGGUGGAGUGGAGGUUUAGGAAGGAACAGACACGUGGAAAAGUCAUCGUCUUUGGGAGGAAGCUCAGGGUGAACGGUAGGAACCUGCUGUCUGUGGACUACGAUCGUUCGCUCCGAACAGAGAAAAUUUAUGAUGACCACAGGAAGUUCCUGCUGAAGAUCAUCUAUGACACCCAAGGCCAUCCGACACUCUGGGUUCCCAGCAGCAAGCUACUGUCUGUUAACUUGACCUACUCCAGUACGGGGCAGGUGACAGGCCUCCAGAGGGGUCCAACCACAGAGAGGUGGGAGUACGACAGUCAGGGAAGAAUCAUUUCCCGAGUCUUUGCUGACGGAAAGACGUGGAGCUACACCUACUUGGACAAGUCCAUGGUCUUGCUGCUGCACAGCCAGCACCAGUACAUCUUUGACUAUGACUCUGGGGACCGACUGUCAGCGGUCACCAUGCCAAGCGUGGCUCGACACACCAUGCAGACUAUCAGAUCCAUAGGAUACUACAGAAACAUCUACAACCCCCCAGAGAGCAACGCCUCCGUCACUGUGGACUACUCUGAAGAUGGACAGGUCUGUGUGUGUGUGUGUGUGGUGCAGUACACAGCGUACGGGGAGGUUUACUUUGAUUCCAACCCAGACUUUGUGCUGGUGAUUGGUUUCCAUGGAGGCCUGUAUGAUCCUCUGACACGACUGCUGCACUUUGGAGACAGAGACUACGACAUCCCAGCUGGAAGGUGGACCACUCCUGACAUCAGCACAUGGACACGUGUUGGUAAAGACCCCCAGCCCUUCAACCUCUACAUGUUUCGAGGCAACAACCCUAUCAGCAAGAUUCAUCAGGUCAAAGAAUAUGUCACAGAUGUCAAUAUCUGGUUGGUCACAUUUGGCUUCCAUCUCCACAACGCCAUCCCAGGAUUCCCCAUUCCCAAGUUUGACCUGACGCAGCCAUCACUGGAGAUGAAGAAGAGCCAGCUGUGGGACGACCUGCCUUCUAUCUCAGGUGUCCAGCAGGAGGUGACUCGUCAGUCUCAGGCCUUCCUGUCCUUUGAGCGCAUGCCAGAGAUCCAGCUCAGCCGGCAGCAUUCAGACCACGCCAAACCCUGGCUGUGGUUCUCCACAGUCAAGUCUCUGAUUGGCAAGGGAGUGAUGCUCGCCGUGAUCCAAGGCCGCGUGGUAACCAACGCCCUCAAUAUUGCCAAUGAGGAUUGCAUCAAAGUGGCUGCAGUCUUAAACAAUGCCUUUUACCUUGAAGACCUACAUUACACAGUGGAGGGACGAGACACGCACUCCUUCAUCAAGACCAGCCUGCCAGAGAACGACCUCAGCGCACUGCGGCUCACCUCAGGCAGAAAAUCUCUGGAAAACGGUGUGAACGUCACAGUGUCCCAGUCGACGACGGUGAUGAAUGGGAGAACGCGGCGUUUCGCUGACGUGGAGCUGCAGUACGGCGCCCUGGCGCUCCACGUGCGAUACGGGACAACGCUGGACGAAGAGAAGGCACGGAUCCUGGAGCACGCCCGGCAGAGGGCGCUGGCGAGCGCCUGGGCCCGCGAACAGCAGCGGGUGAGAGACGGGGAGGAAGGAGUUCGGCUGUGGACGGAGGGAGAGAAAAGGCAGCUGCUGAGCAGCGGGAAGGUUUUGGGGUACGAUGGCUACUAUGUGUUGUCCAUAGAGCAGUAUCCCGAGCUGGCCGACAGCGCUAACAACAUGCAGUUCCUACGGCAGAGUGAGAUAGGGAGGAGGUAACACGGCAUCGAUUUCUACCCCGUGUGACUGUCAAAGACUAACAACAAGUUGAGUUUUAACACAAAGUGGAUGUCACAGAAUGAACUAUCCUGAGACUCAAAAGUACCCACUGAAGUGACCCCAUUUUUGCAAAUUAGUUUUAUUCUGAGGAGUAGGAUUUAUAGUGAACGAUCACUUCAACGCAAAUGACCCGAAACACAAACUACAGUUGUGAUAGUUACAAAGAAUCUUCAUGCGCCUGCAACAAGGUUUAGUCUUUGGACCAAUGCCUUUUCUCUCUCUCUCUCUUUCUAUCCAUAUUUUCUUUCUUUCACCCUGUCCUCUGCCUUUAAACAGCCUGCACGCAUGCCCCUCCCCCUCUCUCUGGUAGGCGGGGCUAACUUGAGUGCUAUAAUCGUGUGCUAUCUAGCUGUGAAACAGUGGGGUGUAGAGACUCGUUCAAAUUGCUGACAGAGCAUUUCCGCAGCCAUCACAAUGAGAUGAGCCCCCAAGCAUUUAGACAGUUAUAAACUGUCAGGAGUCGACGUAACAAAUGUCUGUGGAUCCCUCGCAGAUGUUGCAGGUAUCAUAUCUGUGUGGGUCCAGGUGUGACCAGUCACUCUGGGUUAUAGACCCCAUGAGCCAUCGGAUCUAUUGUCUUUAUGACUGAAGGAACUGGAACUGUUGUGGACUCUUGGUACCUCCGUAUCUCUUGGUCAGUUCUAAAGCCAAGAGAUACGGGCACAAAAAAGGACUACAAUUUGUACGAGUGACAAAAAAAGACUUUAUUUUCUGUUUUAAUUUUUGUUUUGUUUUAUAUAUAAACUUGCAUUUGCUUCAGACAAAAAGGGGAUAAAAAAUGAACAAAAACAGUUACAUAGUAUUACCUAUACCACUAUUAUACUAUUAUUACACCACCACCACCACCGGAAUGGACCAUGAUCUGAACUAAACAAAACUUUGAGUUGUGUUUCUGUUUCCUUCUUAUCUAUUAUGUCAGUUCUAAAGCCACUCCUCAUCCCCCGUCCUUCUGCAAGGUCUAUAAAGUUGUACAGUGUCAGGCUGUGAGGAAACGGGGCGACCACGGUGCCAUGGCGGUCUCUGAUUCUCUGCGGACCGAGUGGGCUCACCGGUCUGGUUAAACACUGGUCCCCUGUCAGCCCAGGAGCCCUUCACUUCUGCAAAAUGUGACUCAUAAUGCAUAGACCUUGUGCUUUUAUCGGUCAAAGGUAGUAGUAUUGCUUGCAAUAGAAACAUGUUGUCAUGGCUUUGGGGGGGAAGGGUUGCUGUGAGUAGUAACUAAUCGUUGCUUCUCUCCUCGUUUUUUGCUCGUUUCUCCUUAAAGGGACAGUGCAUCGCCAUCAGUGACUUUAAUGAGUAACAGUAAUCAAAAAUCGAUGUGGACGUUUUCUCAUUGAUUGUGGGUCUCUGUACUCUCAUAGAGGAAUUUUCUUUGUGUGUAUGUGUGUGUUUACAAGGUUGGGAAGGCAUCUUAAAUCAUUUUAAAGGAAAGAACAGGAACUUUACAGUGUUAACGUCAUAUGCUACCAAUCUUUUUUCGGAGACGAGUUGACAAUGUUUUAUGGGUUGAUCUUUUUUUAUUUUGAAGGUUGAGAAAUUCCACUUAUCCGUACAUCAAUAUUAGUCUCAGAGAAAGUAAUUUAUGUACAGUGUUUCUACGGUAAAGAAUAAAACUCCUUGAAACUAUUGUUUUUACUGUGUACAUCUGUGUUUCUUUUUCUAUCCACUCUCAAAGGCAAACGGGAUGAAAAGCUGCUAGCAGCAAUGAACGUGGUGUCAUAGUGCCAUGCAGCUUUGUGAUAUUGUUAUUGAGGACAGAUAUGUAACAGUUAUCAAAACACAAAUGAAAUUGAAAAGGCUUUAUUUUCUUCAAAAACAAACUCGGGAGACUGCCUUUCGUGUCUCAUCUGAUACAAUUUUUCCACCAAACUGAGCGCAUAGAUGCAGGCUUUUUAAAACAUGGGAACUUUUAUAAUAUCUGGUUGAAGCAGAAGUCAUUUAAGAAACUGACUUCUCACAAAUGGUGAGAAGGUAGCGUUUUUUGAACUCUGCUCUUUCUGUUCCUUUCGCUCUCGUUCUUGCUUGAAAUUCGUUACAGCACA